GGAUAGAAAAGGGAGGGGACCCUGACUCUGCCACUUGUCUCUGCCCCAGCCAGACAGUGGACAGCUGCGCUGCGAAGAUGAAGGUCCUGUGGGUCCUGUGGGCGCUGGCCCUCCUGAGCGGCUGCCAGGGGCAGGAGGCCGGGACUUCUUCGGAGGAGGAGCGGGUCACGGACCCUGAGCUAUGGAACUCGGAGCCCGCCCGGGCCUGGGAGAUGGCCAUGGGCCGCUUCCAGGGCUACCUGGAGCAGCUGCAGGCCCAGGCGGAGAACCUCAAGAGUGAAGUGCACAGCUCCCAGAUCGUCCGGGAGCUGAGGAGUCUGAUGGCCGACACUAUGAAGGAACUGAACGCUUACAAGGCUGAGGUGGACCAGGAGCUGGCCCCGAUGGCCGAGGAGACGCGGGCGCGGCUGGGCAAGGAGCUGACGGCCGCCCAGGCCCGCCUCAGGGCCGACAUGGAGGACGUGGGGGCCCGCCUGACCCAGUACCACCGGGAGUUCCACGCCGUGGUCAACCACAACGUGGACGAGGUCCGGAACCGCGUGUCCGCCUACCUGCGGAAGAUGAAGAAGCGGCUGGGCCGCGACUUCGAGGAGCUGCAGACCCGCCUGGCCACCUACCAGACCGGCGCCAAGGAGGGCGUGGAGAGGGGCCUGGGCCCCCUGAAGCGCCUGGCCCCCGCGCUGGAGCGCGUGCAGGAGCACAACAAGAAGACGGUGGCCAGCCUGGGCGCGCUGGCCGGGGAGCGGCUGCAGAGCCACCUGGACCAGGUGCGCAGCAAGGUGGACGAGGUCCGAGCCAAGGUGGACGAGCAGUCGGCCCAGCUGCAGAGCCAGCUGCAGGGCUUCCACGACCGCCUCAAGGCCUGGUUCCAACCCCUGGCCGACGACCUGCAGCGCCAGUGGACGUCCCUGGUGGACAAGGUCCAGGAGGCCAUCAACCCCAACGGCAAGCCGGCCGAGGCGCUCGCCAGCCCCGCGGUUGACAACUGAAGGGAGCCCCUGACGUCCCUCCCCUCCCCCACUCGCUCACGGGGCUCCCGACCCCUCCCCUCCCGGGCCGCCGCACCCCGCGCCCCCGGCCCUCGGCGGUGGGGGCGGGGGCUCCAAGUAGUCUAAGCUCGGGCCAACAAUAAAGCGAAAGCUUGCUUAUGUACCAAGCACUGA